AUGUGCCGGAAGCAGCCAGCUGCCGUUAGGAUGACAGCAGUACCUGUGGCAGCUGCGGUCUUUGUCCUUCGUGGCGGCCCUGUACACUACGAAGGUGCCUGGCGCCGCGGUGCACAGUCUCUGGUUACCUUUAGCACACAUGUGGGCUUGACACCGUCCUUCUCCCCUUCGGCAGUCCACAUCGCCCCGCAGCUGUUCCAACGGCGGUGCCGCAGCUUUCACUUUUAUCUCAAUCUUAGCGAUGCGGCGGAAACGCGGCGACACGUCGAGGAGGACCUCGCACGUAUCGACCAGGAGCACCAGCGCGGAACUAUGACUCACCUCCAUGCGCUGUUAAACCUUGCGCUCGCGCAUUACCAAGGCGGGGAUUACGUAGCGGCCCGGGAGUACGCGAUUCACGUCCACGAAAGGACGUUGCAACACAGCAAGGAUGCAACCUUCCUGUACUUCACGGCUACCACUUGUGCAAGGUGCGCUGGGGCUUUGGCCGAUGCCUACGAGGCGCAUGUGCGUGAAACAGAAGAGGCUGCUGCUGUGUCCUCAACAUUAACACCACCCGUGUCAACUCUCCUUAGGGCAGAGCGGGUUAUUGCGAAGCUUCGGGAGGAUGCCAGAAGGUACGAAGGUAUUGCGCAGCGAAUGCUUAACCGACCGGAUAAGGCCUUUAUGCGGAAGGUGUCGACAACAUGGACAGAAGACUCGCGGCAGGACGAUGAGGAGCCGCAAGAACCUUUCGGAGAACAGUGGAAAGAGCGUCGCAAACGACCGGAGCAUGCGGCCAUCCGGCAGCACUACAAGAAUUGUGGUAUUGGUGUACCGAAGUGA